GCAGGCACUUUGCUGGCUCUGGGCUCCCUCGGGGAUAUUUUUCUAUUGUUUAUAUCCAUUUUUGUAAAAAUUUAAUAUCGUGUUUCCUAGAAACUUUUAUUACUUUCAUACACUGGUUUUGAGAUUUUAUAACAACGAAACCUGGCAAGGAUUGGCUGUGGCUUGCUAGCUUGGGAAAACACUGGAUUUUCCCCCUCUCUCCUAUCGACAAGGCUGUUAAUGAGCCAGCGAAGACCCCGAGAAAGAUCGAUAAUACGACGUUUUUUAAAAAUAUAUAAUUCAGCGUAGUAAUAGCCGAUGCACUGUCUUCCCCGUGUUUUAAAGCGGUCGGUCGUUUCUACGAUAAACGCUGAAGAGAGCAUAGCUAACGUGAACGGCAGCCAGCCUCGGGAAGAAUGACGGCUGUUCAGCUGAUCAAUAUCCAAAGGUUAUUGGAAGCAGCGGAAUAUCUAGAAAGGAGAGACAGAGAGUGUGAACACGGAUAUGCUUCGACAUUUCCAUCAAACCAGAACACAAACUACCAGAGGCAAAGAAAAUUCCGAAAUAAGAAAUUCAGCAGUAACCACAAUAGGUCCACACAUAAUGAGCUGGAGAAGAAUAGACGAGCUCACCUGCGGCUGUGUCUGGAGCGGUUGAAGACCCUCAUACCCCUGGGACCCGACUGCAACCGCCACACCACCCUAGGCCUGCUCAACAAAGCCAAAGCACACAUAAAGAAACUUGAAGAUACGGACAGGAAGAGCCAGUACCAGCUGGAGUCUCUGGAGCGUGAGCAGAGGCACCUCCAGCGCCAACUGGAGCUACUGAGGGGUGGCAGCAGUGCUGUAGCCCAGACCAGCCCAGGGGAGGGGGAGAGGAUACGUAUGGACAGCGUAGGUUCCACCCUCUGCUCCGACCGCUCCGACUCUGACCAAGAGGAGAUUGAAGUGGACGUGGAAAGCACAGAGUUCUCCCAUGGAGAGCUGGACAGUGUAAGCACGGCCAGCACCAGCGACCUGGAUGACCACAGCAGCCUGCAGAGCAUGGCCAGCGACGAGGGCUACUCCUCCUGCAGUGUCAAACUUGCCUUCUCCUCCUAGAGCCCCCGCACCAUCAACACCACCACGACCUCCCUGCCAAACCCACCUGCCCUCCUGUCUGUUUAUCUGUUUCUCCACACAGCCAUGCCUACAGACAUACAUCCAUUCACCUCUAACGACGGCCACGCACCCAGCUAAUGGCGUUCCCGUCGCUCUUGCCUCUGGGCAUCGCCUCCUUCCCCUCCUCUCCUCCAGGUUGCUGUUGGAGGAGCUCCAGUGAGAGGUCUCACUCACCUCUGUGUAGAACUUUGAGCCGCCCCGACCAACCAACACGGACAGCAGGGACUUGAACACAGUGAUGUCAGACUGCCAAUUGGUUUUAAUCUUCUUUUUAAAGGAAGAUUAGAGACUUGAUUGAUAUGUUGAUAUGAAAAAUAUACAUCAUCUUGAUUUUUAAUCCCACACAAUUGUGAAACAAGGCAGUCACACCGUCGUAGCCA